GAGAAACAUACAAUUGGUGAGUUGGGGGAUGUGAUCUACGAAAGUGUUUUAGAUUGCUUACAACCACAUUCAAAUCUUCAAAAGAUAUAUAUUGAUGGAUAUGGUGGAGUGAAUUUAUGUAAUUGGGUAUCCGUUAAGUUCCUCGAUUGUCUUGUCACUAUACGUCUUCAUGAUUGUGAAAGAUUACGACAUCUCCCUAGAUUUGAUCAAUUUCCUAAUCUCAAGCGUCUUGAGCUUUGUGACUUACCCAACGUCGAGUACAUUAUUGUGAACAAUAAUGAUUCUGUUUCUUCAUCAACAAUUUUUCCAUCCUUGAAUGAAUUAGAGAUUUCGAAGAUGCCUAAGUUGGUGAGCUGGUGCAAGGGUACAACCUCAACCAAAUCUCCUACAAUAAUAUUUCCUUACCUUUCUUGUUUGAGGAUUUAUGGUCGUCGCCCACUACAUAUGUUGAAGUUUUGGCAUGCACCUAAUUUGAAAACGUUGCUCAUCUUUGAUUCAGAGGAUGAGUUGAAUGUUGUACCAUUGAAAACUUAUGAAAACCUCACCUCUCUAAGUCUUCGCAACUUGAGUAAAUUGGAGUACUUCCCCGAGUGUUGGCAACAUUGCAUGACAUCUCUGCAAUUUCUUUAUUUAAGCUAUUGUGAAAAUUUAAAGAGCCUAGCAGAAUGGUUUGGCAACCUCACCUCACUCACACAAUUACAUAUUAUUUCUUGUGGAAAGCUAACUAUGCUACCAGAAGGAAUUGGCAACCUCACCUCACUUACAAUAUUAGUAAUUUUUAAUUGUGAAAAGCUAGCUUUACUACCGGAAGGGAUUCAACACCUCCAUAAUUUACAAAACUUAACAAUAGAUGAUUGUCCCAUAUUGAAAGAAAGGUGCAAGAAAGGCAAAGGAGAAGAUUGGCCAAGAUCGCCCAUAUUCCAAAAGUUUCUCUUAGAUGAAUUUAUUAACUUCAUUGAGAUUCAUUGCUGGAGGUUGAAAAGUGCUGAUUUAUUGAACUGUAUGGUUUAUGCUAAGCUAUGGAAAGACUUUCAUUCACAACAAGUUUAAGCUUUUCUUUUGGCCAAUCUUUCCCUUAAUGAUAAACUUCUGUUGAGUAAGAGAUAGGAUGAGAUUGCUAAGCAUGUGUGUCAACCUAGUUUAAGAUAUCCGGUGUGUAUCUUUUAUCCUUCUCUAUAUAUCCCUUAGUUUAUUGUUAAAAAACUGAUACAUUGUUAUUUGUUGUAUACCUUAUUACUAUUGAUAGUGGAGAUUUUGACUACGGUCACGUGGUUUUUUACUCCUCAACUUGAGGAUGUUUUCCACGUUAAAA